CCUCGUUAAACCUGGAGCCGCUGCCAGGAAGGAUGAGCUGCCCGGUUACCGGAGAGAAAACCAGAUUUAUUUAUUUUUUGUGGAAAAAUUAAGAAAGGAAAAAAAAACUGAUUUUUUUUUUCUUCUUCUAUAAAGGUAGUUUUUCAUGGAAGACAGAGUGGAAGGAAACCAACUCAGUGAGAGGACUGCAUUCACAGUCUGUGCAAGUGUGUGAGCGUGUCAGUCAGAGUGCGUGCCUCGGACUCCCCACUCAGUGAUGUAAAACGUGAAGGUGGAUUUUGGCAUGUGGAAGAAGAGCAGGUAAAAGGGCUUGUUCGUGAUGGUGCUCUAUAUGAACAAGAAGCUGUGCCAUGACAGAGGGCAACGUGGGUAAAAGAGACAUGCAACACCCAGCCCUGAACCACUGCCACCUCUUCCUGGGCGGGGCCUUGCUGCUUCUCCUAGCCAGCCCGGCUCUGAGCUGCCCCGCCCGAUGUGAGUGCUCUGCCCAAAGCAAGUCGGUUAGUUGCCACCGAAAGCGCCUGCCCACCAUCCCUGAAGGCAUCCCCAUUGAGACGCGCAUCCUGGACCUCAGUAAGAACAAACUACGUAUCAUCACGCCAGACAACUUCACUUCAUUCCUCCAGCUGGAGGACCUGGACCUUAGCGACAACCUCAUCAGUGUGGUCGAGCCCGGCUCAUUUCGUUCUCAGCUUGCUCUCCGCUCACUCAACUUUCGCAGCAACUUGCUUCAGCUGGUUCCUGCCGGCGUGCUGUCAGGCCUGACCAACCUCACCCGCCUUGACCUCAGCCACAACCGACUGGUGGUUCUCCUGGAUCAUGCCUUCCAAGAUCUGCGCAGGUUGACGUCCCUUGAGGUGGGUGAUAACGAAUUGGUUUUCAUCUCUCAGCGGGCUUUUACAGGAUUACUUGGACUCCAAAGUCUGACUCUGGAACGUUCCAAUCUGACCGUUGUUCCUUCUGAUGCUCUGGCACAUCUGCACAGCCUCGUCGAACUGCGCAUGCGCUACCUGAGCAUUAGUUUUCUCAAGCCUUACUCCUUUAAGAGGUUAUUUCGUCUCCGCCGAUUAGAGAUUGAUUACUGGCCCUGGCUAGAUACACUGCCUCCCCUCUCACUGCAUGGCCUCAACCUCACAACGUUGUUCAUAACCAACACUAACCUGUCUGCCUUCCCCGGCGCAGCACUGCGCAACCUGCCCUACCUCACACAUCUCAACUUGUCCUACUGCCGCAUCCAGCACAUCCAUCAGGGAGAGCUCGGCCAACUCCCGUACCUGCUGGAGCUCCGCCUCCAAGGGGCUCAGCUGAUUUCUAUUGAGCCCUUUGCAUUUAUGGGCCUCAAAUCUUUGCAACUAUUGGAUGUGUCGGAGAACCGCCUGGACUCUCUGGAGAGUGGAGUGUUUGCCUCGCCAGACAGCCUCCAGAGACUCUGUCUGGGUGGAAACCCAUUAGUGUGCGACUGCAGAUUGCUUUGGCUGCUCAACAGCCAUAAGCCCCCAUCUCUGCAGAUUCUGGAUGUGCAGCCACAGUGCAGCGCCCCAGAGCACCUCUUGGGGAAACCUCUCCGUGACCUCAAGGAGCCUCUGGUCUCCAGAUACAUGACCUGCACCAAACCACGGAUUGGACCCAACACGACCCAGCUGCUGAUGGCUGAUGAGGGUCAGCCGGCCCGCCUAAGCUGCGUUGCAGAAGGAGCGCCUCGGCCCUCAGUGAUUUGGAUUACACCUCACCGACGCAACAUCACAACGAAGAGCAGUGGCAGGGUAGAAGUCCAACAAGAUGGUACCCUGGAGAUCAAGACAGCAGAGCUGCAUGACAGCGGGGUGUACUUGUGUAUUGCCAGUAACCCUGCUGGCAAAGCUAGUCUGUCAGCCUCUUUAGCCGUGAAGAGCCUGGGCAUUGGGGACAGAUCUCACUAUAGCAACAGGAGCUCAAACUAUCUGACAGAUUCUAACAGCACGUGGGGGAAUGGGACAGUACUGUACAACAUGACAGUCCCUAUAGACAUUAAGACUAUCAUUAUAUCUACAGCCAUGGGCUGCCUGUCCUUCCUAGGUGUGGUCAUCUUCUGCUUCCUGCUUCUGUUCGCGUGGAGCCGAGGGAAAGGACGCCAUAAGAGCAACUUUGAUAUUGAGUAUGUCCCUCGCAAAUCCAACGGGGCGUCAGCAGACGUGGCAGAAACAAGUGGCCCACGACGGGUCAACAUGAAAAUGAUUUGAAAAAACAAUGCAGACUGACAAAUAGGAUAGCAAAGUCUACAACAAAGUGCACACAUAUCAGCUGUUUUUUUUACUAAGACACAGUGGAAUUGUGACAAACGAAAGUGACGUACUAAUAUAGUGGGUGUCAAUAUGACGGUGGUCUAGUGAUAAAGUGGGCAUGUGAAUAUAAAAGUGAAAACCGUGGAUGUGUUUAUAUGAAAUAAUGUUCUUAUACAGUACAUUGAAUAUAUUACUAUAACCAACAUAUCAAUAUGGGAGUGAUAUAGUGCUGCACUAGGCAUGUGUUUCAGUGGUGAUGUGAUGAGUAAUGAUGUUGUCGAUUCAGCGUGACAUCAAGGUGAAGGAGGGAGCCGCUGGGAGUGACGGGACAUCUUCGCGUGGCAGUAGAGCUAUCAUCGCUGCAACAUGUCUGGACUCAAUCGUCUAAUAACCAUCUUAGCUGCAGUAUGAAAGGUAGUGUGUUGUGUUCAUGUGUGCGCGUGUAUGUGAGAGUGCAUCAGUGCGCGAAUGUUGCAUUUGUGCGUUUCUUUGUGCAUGUGCACGCAUUGCCUUUCUCGUUGGACAGAACAAUUAAAAGGAUUGAUAGGGUCCAAAGCAUUUUUCCAGGCCUUUGUUCUUGUUCGGUCGUUGUAACAACGGUAUUGUCACUGUUGAGUAAAAGAGAGGAUUCUCUAAGUUUGUAUGCAAAAUCACAAUUAUUAUAUUCAAGAGAAAUGCUGCAUACAUUUUGAAAUAGGUCAUUGUUCCCCUUGGAAUGACUCCAACAUUUUUCUAAACUCAAGGAAACGUUGAACACACACAGAGACAGUACAGUUACAAUGUAAGGUCUGAGGUUUGUCUUUACCAUAGAGCUCACUUACCAGACAUUUUUCCUGAGAAAUAGCAGUGGUGAGUGUUGUUAUUACUCUGAAAAAAUGCUUCCAGCUACAGAAAUGGCAUGUUAAACCCAUUUUAUAACAUAAUAAAUCAUGGGCAGAUUUUCCUGCCAGACAAAUCCCUUGAUAUGAUAUAAAAGAGUCGGUGGCCAGAUAUAAUGGCAAAGAUUUACUGGCCAGUACCCUCUUUGGGACAAGACAAAGUUGAGCUUCACAGAUUUAUGGGUUGAAUUUCCCACCUCUCACAUUUUUCUUUGAUCGCACCACUUCAAACUAGUGUGUCCGGAUUCUUCCCUAGGGCACCAUGGGGUUGUGGGUAUUUAAUAGAUGGCAAUUUGAAAGUUGUAGCGGAAUCUUGUAUUGUUUAGUUUUUUUGUUGAAAAUGUUUUAAAUGUAAAGAAAAAAGAAACAACUAAAGGGCAAUUAUUUGUAAUGCAGGGAUGUGGGUGUUAACUUGUGUGAUCCUGUUGUGAUAAAAUGUUCAAGGUUGUAUAAUUGUUUUCACAUGACAAAUUUAUGGGUAUAUUUUCAAAUGGAAAUAAAUCUCAAUCAUACCCCUAAAAUUGGAGUUUCCAGUAGUUGAAAUUUUGUUUACGGACUUAACAGUGAUGUUAACAUAUUUCCUUUUAAGUCCUUUUCUAUGAAUCCUAUUCCCUAAAUGAUAUCAGUUGUAAUAUUUUAAAAUGUUCCUCUAACCCAUAUCUCUCUGUCACUGAGUAUUGUAUUGAUCAGUAAUGACUUUUUCCAGCUUUAUUUUGCUAUUUACAUCAUGUCAUAUAGUAAACAUUAUGUUGUAACUAUUCAA